AGUUUGGCUGGCCUCUAUCUCCACAACAAAACUUUGUUGCUGUAAAUUUUUCAGGGUAACCUUCAUUUUGUCAGGAACACUUUAAAUAAACCUAAACAGUCUCAAAUAAUAAAGAAAUCGUAACAAGCAAAAAUUCCGUUUUUCCGGCUUUUCACCUCGCUCUGGGCUUUUUUAUUUUGGAAAGAUAAAUAUUUCUCAUCAAUGAUAAAGCACAACCAAAAAAUCUGACAAUGAUGACUGAUGACAUUACAUUUGACAGUCGUGGAUUUUGUAGUUUGACAAAACGCAGUAUUUGACGUUGGAUAUCAAAAAUUAAAAAGCCGAGUGAAUUGGCAACGUUGUUCAAGGUCUUCAAGGAUUUUGUCAACGGAAGGAAGCAAUACAAAGAUGAUGUUUUUUUCUUCACUUCAAUCAAAAAACUUUUUUUUUUAUUAAUUAAAUAUUGUUCAAAUUAAUUAAAUCAUCCAUAAUGAAUACGAAAAGACAACAAAAAAAUACGAGACGCCCUCGAAAAGUCUCCGCACUGGGUAAAGGCGGCUUAAAAACUAAAAUGAACGCCAUAAGCGCAAAAAGGGUCUCGUUAUAUCCUGGAUUUUUAAUGAAUGGAGUUGCUUCUGGUACUAUGAAGAAGCCUAGAGGCUCCAAUUCCUCUGGAAAACCUGAAGAUAAUGUCCUAACUGAAAACCUACAAGUGUUCCUAGACCAAAAUUCUGUCCAUUCCCAAAGAAUUAUCAAUGAACGUUCUACUGUUGAAGAAUAUAAACCAAGCAUGCCAAAACCUAUAGGUCAAAUGCGGUGUCUUAGAAGUUCUACAAAAUCUCUCCAACCUGUUGUAGAGAAACACAGUAAAAGCGUUUUCAAAAAGAUUAGCAAUAAAAUGUUCAUAACUCCUGUUGAACCUGGAACAAAUAAUAAUAGCAAUUUUAUUAAACAAACGGGUUAUCUUACAGAAAAAGAGGAAUGCAGCAAUAAUGAAAUGGAAAUAGUUUCCUCACCUCAAUUAGUUGAACAUAUUUGUUCGCGCGAACAUUUGAAAACUUUCACUCAAAAAAUGCAAGUACUUUUUAAGACAAAUUACUUCCCAGAGAAAAGCAUUGAAAAUGUUGCAGCAGAAAUUCUUAAGCAAAACCUAAUUGUGGAAGGAAACCUUUUAAAAGAGGAAAUCUCUGUCGAGGAGGAUAAAGCAGAAGAUCAAGAUUCAGACGAAGAUAUUGAAAUCAAUUUCGUCCCAGUGCCAUCAAGAAGAUGGGUUUAUAACACACCAAAAAAUCAAAAAAUUAAAAAACGUAAAGUGGAACAGUGUCAACUAAAGCCUGCACUGCUUCUUGAUAAUAAAAUUAUCAAACCUAUUUUGAGUUAUAAUGGUGCUUAUAAUGAAGGGUUUAUAGGAAAAGUGACAGAACAACGUCCUUCUAAUAUGGGGUUUUUUGAGAAAGAACUUCCUUUCCAAUCUGAAGUUAAUCAGAGAAGCCACCCAAUGCCAACUUACUUGGAGAGUCCAGCUGCUACUGAGAAUGAUUUAACGUUUGUAGGAGAAGGUCACAAUUUGACAACGCAGUUGCGCCUGCCAAGUAAAAGCCACAAAAGACAAGAAAGCUGCAGAGAUGAUUAUAAAGGUGAAAAAAAUAUGUUUGACUUUCAUAGUAAACCUAAGAAAAUUUUUGAUUUUUAAAUUAUAUUAUGUAUGUAGGCAUAAUGAAUAAGUAAGUUGGAAAGUAUGUGGCUGUAAGGCUUAAUUCUUGUGUGAAUUAAAUUAUAUCAAAUCUUGUUUCGUUACAAUAAUUCUAAUUACUAGUGUAUAAGAAUGUGUUUGGUACAGUAAUCACAAUAAAAUAAAUAUAUAAUUUUUGUAAAUAAUUUACCUUCAGUGAUAAGAUUGGGUGAGAAUUAACAUUUUUGAAUUAUUGGAUAUUUUUGAUUUAACCUCGCGGAUAGAUCUCUGGCAAGCAAUUUGUUGGAUGCAUGUAAAAAAAAGGCUUAAUAAAUGGAAUUUAUCAAUUCCAAAUCCAUACUCUAGUUUUGUCUUACUGCCCAAGGUAACGAAAUAGCUGUGAAAAAAACUGUUUCAUGGUUUCAAUAUGUGUUUCUCUGCUUUGCUUCACAAUCAUUAGUUAAGUGUGAUAACAACUAACUUUAGAAAUCUCUUGGGCAAUAUAAAGUCAUCUUUUUACAUAAACAUUAUUUAAUUCAUUUUCUCUUUAAUAAUAGGGUGUAAUUUAUAAUCUAAUACCUAAAAUACUUUUUUUUUCAAUCAAUAUAGUCUCCCUUGUCAUAUCUAUGGAUAACAAAAAGCGCUUUCCUAGGAUAGUAGGUACAAAUAAAUAUACAAAAUAUACAAUAUAAAAAGAAUAACCUAACAAUUUUUUGAAAAGAAUAAACAAUACAAUGAACUUUGAAAGUUUUUGCUCUCGGAACAGGAAACUCAAUUAUGCAAAUAACUGGAAAAAUGAAAACUGGGCCACAGUUUAGAUAUCUCCCCACCUAAAAGAUCUGGGAUCGAUAAUUUUGAUACUAAUUAUUGCCUAUAUUAAUUAUUUAUUUUACCAUAAGUUGUAUAAUUUAGAAACUACAAUAAAAAACGAAUAGUUCUCAUUAUCAUAAAAUUGUAAAUAAAAUCUUGUAAUAGAUAUGCCAUCGGAUAUGCCUUUUUCUUUGUCUUCCUUCUAAGCAUAUAAUUUCCAAUAAUUGUUAAACAUUUCCAUUUAGAAAAAACUAAUUAAAAUGAAAAAUAAAACUGAUACCAAUUCUAGAAUUUUGAAUCCCGAAACAUGAAGAUACAGAACUUAUUCAAUGGAGAAAUACAAAACAAAAAUAAAUAAAACUAAUAAUUACCACAGCCAAAAAUUAAGAACAAUCAAUAGGAUUUCAUAAACAAUAAAACACUAUUCAAACAAUGUCGAGACCUACUACUUUAACUAUUUUGAAGUUAUCGCCAGUUUUUGGGUUAGUACAUAACAAUAUUCAAAAUAUUCUGUAUAAUUCAUCAAUAAACGAAGUUUGUUCUAGGAGCAAAAACUUCCAAGACCAAAUAAUAUGUUGUCAGUCAUUGAAAAAAAAAAAUAAAAUAAAUUAUGUAAAUACAACAUUCUUAAAACUAGCUAUGUACAAUGUAAAGAUGUAUAUGUUGCGGCAAAAAUAUGUGUGUGGAUAAAAUUGCAGUUAUAGUAAAAAUUGACUGGCAUUUAUUUUUAUAAAAGUAUUUGAAAUACUUCUAUUGCAACAAAAAAAGUAAUAUUUCAAAUACUUUGUCCUUUUCAACCAUAAUAAUAAUCUAAAAUUAAGCGUAAUGAUCUUCAAGUAUGUAAAGUCAAACUCAUUCUUCCAUUCACAACAAUAACAACAAUGAAAGGUCUUGAAGAAUUUAAUACUUUUCUCGGAAAGAACACUGCUUCAAUAAUUGAAAUUUGACACUUUUCUAAACAAACUUAUCACCCAUUAGGAAAAACAUCAAUUAUGGUUCAGAAAUUCUUAACCUCUUCAUGCUAUACAUUCUCCUAUACAAUACACUCUUAUUCCAAAAUAUAUUUAAAUUUUUACCUGUGGCAAAUUUAUUUUAGAAAAGUGUUUAUCACCCAUCAUUUAGGAUUUCUUAGAGGCUAUUGGCAAAAAAUAGCCUCAUCAAAAAUGUUCCAAUCACAAUCGCCUCUAUAUUAGAUAGGCAAUCCAAAAUGAUACACCAAGAGCAAAUUUUGAUUUGGAUCUAAUCGUUUUGGAAUGCCAACCCAAUAAUGCAGGAAUAGUUGUUUCACUCCUCUUUAUUAAUCAAAAGUAGGGAUUUAUUUGUUCUCUUUGUCAAUCACACUUAAUAUUUACAGUUGGGGCGGACGUUUUCUCUCGCUUUACAAGAUAGCUGCAUCAAUACUACCCCUGACUGCAAUAAGGGGACUGAGGGUUCCUGGAACUUUCUGGCCUCGUUCCAUCUCGUAGUGAGUAUCCAGAGGUAUAUCU